UGGGGCCAGGGCCACAGCGCCGUGGCCAAGCAAGCCAACGCCGCCGCCAGCAGCAGCGAAACCCAGAGCCUGCAGCCGGCCAUGGCCCACCGGCCAGCUCCCCUUCCAGCAGGCUGAGCCCACGUGAGGACCCGGUCAGGAGUGAUAUGGCCUUGAACUUGUCAGCUUUCAACAACCUAAGAACUUCAGAAGAAAAGAAACAACUUGUAAGCUCAGGAUUUGGAUAAGGUCAACAUUGGAGCAGCAUCUGACUACUCUUCCUAAAGGAACUGCACAGAAAGGUAUCUGCUCUCUUCCUUGGGUCCUCGUUAUCCAGACAGUGCCAGGAGGCCAGUGGAAAGAUAAAGGGUGUUCAGCCAGCAAAGGAGCAAACUGGCAAUUGGGGAGAGCUUACAGCUCUAAUCAUGGAGACAAAGGCUGAAGAAUAUGAAUCUUCCCAUUUCCUUAGUGAUGGGAGGCAGUGUAAGGAUGACCCAGAAAUGGGAAGAUUCUCUGUGUCUUAAAUGUAAUAAUACACUUGGUGUCCUUCUCCAGGGGAUGCUGUGAUUUAUACGGCCAGCAGCAACCAGCAGCGGACAACGACUCAGUGUGGGUUCAAAUUCCAGGAGUUGGGCCACAAGUGGUUUAUUUUAGGCAUAACAAACACAAUUUGGUGAAAAUUAUUCAGGUGAAAAUUAACUCAAUCCAAUGCGUACUAUAAAGCAGAUAUAAAUCUCCUUAAAGAACAAAGUAAGCAUAUAUAUAUAUGUAUAAACACACAUACACACAUACACACAUAUAUAUACACAUAUAUGUAUAUAUAUAUGUAUACACACAUACACACAUACACACAUAUAUAUACAUAUGUACAUAUAUAUACAUAUGUAUACACACACACAUAUAUAUAUAUAUGUACACACACAUAUAUACUUUUCUUCGUAAAGCCCAUAAAGAUAGGUUCUAUAGAUUGAUUGAAAUAAAUUUACAAUAAAGGUCUUUGGGAAGAUCUUGUGCCAGAAGAUUUCUCGACACACAGAUAGCAUAAAGGUCACCAGGUGCCUUCUGGGCAGAUAAAAGGUUAUGUAUUCCUUCUCCUGAAAGGGCCCAAUGUGCUUAGCAUUCCAAGCUCCCCUAGUGAAUGUCUGUCUUUGCGUACACACAUGUGUGCAAAUGUAUUUCACACACAUAUGUUCACACACACAUAAAACACAUAGAGAAGCACCUUAUAUAUACGCACACGUAGAAAAAGUUAAAGACGUGAUACAGGUUUCAGUUCUAAGAGUUGAACCUAGGGCUGCACUCCUGCUACCUCCAGUUCCUGUCAGAGAACUUACUAGGAAUGGAAGUACAUGUCUGUAAUCCCCCUGUCCCUGUCUCCAACAAAAGCAGAGAUGGGGAUGUAUCUCAGUUGGUAGAAUGUUUGCUUAGCGUGUGCCAGUCUUAGUUUGACCCUCAGCACCCCAAACGACCUGGUGUCUUGUGCCUGUAACCCCAGCAUUUUGUGGAAUGAGGAUCAGAAACUCAGUGUCUGGAGAGACAGCUUCAAGGUUAAAGCACUUACUGCCUUUCCAGGGGUCAAAGGUUCAGUUCCCUGCACCCACAUCAGGCAGUUGUAGCCUUUAAAGGUGCCUGCACGUGUGUGUCAGACACUCAGACAGACAAGCAAAAAUUUGAAAAAAUGUUGAAAAAAAAUUUUUUUUUUUGGUUCUUUUUUUCGGAGCUGGGGACCAAACCCAGGGCCUUGCGCUUCCUAGGCAAGCACUCUGCCACUGAGCCAAAUCCCCAACCCCGAAAAAAAUUUUUUUUUUCUUUUUUUCCGGGGCUGGGGACCGAACCCAGGGCCUUGCGCUCGCUAGACAAGCGCUCUACCACUGAGCCAAAUCCCCAACCCCUCGAAAAAAAUUUUUAAAAGAAGUUUAAGGGUUGGAGAGAUGGCUCAGUGGUCAAGAACACUGACUGCUCUUCCAGAGUUCCUGAGUUCAAAUCCCAGCAACCACAUGGUGGCUCACAGCCAUCCGUAAUGAGAUCUGAUGCCCUCUUCUGGUGUGUCUGACAAUAGCUACAGUGUACUUAUACAUAAUAAAUAAAUCUUAACAAAAAACAAACCUUCUUUAGAAGAAGUUUGAGUCUGUCCUUGGCUGUCUAGUAUGCGCCAGGCCAACCUGUCACAGAUGAAGAGACAAACAACUCCAGCCUUGAAUGGCUGCCAGUGAGAACAGAGUCACUCACAAGGGGAUGUGGAGAGUGCUGAUUUCACUUCUUUAUUAUAGACACCAUAUGUAGUAUUUAAUGCAACCAUCACAAUAUUGUGUGUAGAAAACAAGAUCCUCAGUUUACCAAUUCAACUACACAGGGACCAACAGCUUCUCCCCAGAAUAGCCUUAUUCCUAACUUUAGGACCCAAGCCCCAACCCAGGAAAUAUUGGAAUUACCUAAAACCUAGACAUAAUUCGGAUGUGUGUUCCUGUGUGUACAGAGGUACAUGCCUAUGUAUGCACAGGCAUGUGAAGCUCAGGGGUCGACCACAGGUAGUGUUCUGUUGGCAUUGACCACUUUUUUUUUUUUUUUGAGUCAUGAUCUCUCUCUCCACCUCUUGAAGCUUGCCUAGGAGGCUGGAUCUGCAGCCCAGUGAAUCCGGGAUCUGGUUUUGCUCCCCUGUGCUGGCAUUACAAGCAGAUGCCACCAUCCCUGGCUUCUUGAAGUGAGAGCCAGGAUCUACACGCAGGUUCUCAAGCUUUCAUCAACUGACCCGUCUUACCACUGUGUUCCCUGGGCUGGCCUAGAACUGUCUUUGUAAACCAGGCUGAUUCUGAAACCAUGGAUCUACUCACCUCUGCCUCUCGAGGAGUGCUGAUAUUAAAGUUGUGCGCCUGAUUUAUUGAUUGUUUACCGAGUUCUACCUGCAUGCAUGCCUGCAGGUCAGAAGAGGGCAUGGAUCCCAUUACAGAUGGUUGUGAGUCACCAUGUGGUUGCUGGGAAUUGAACUCAGGGCCUCUGGAAGAGCAGACAGUGCUCUUAACCUCUGAGCCAUCUCUCCAGCCCCACAAAAUAUUCUUUACAUUAUCUUUCUCAGAGUGAAAAAGAUGGGCAGUGGUUAUGCAUGCUUUUGGAAUCACAGUAUUUGGGAGACAGCCACUGGCAGAUCUCUGUGAGCUCAAGGCCUGGUCUAAAGAGAUCCAGGACCGUCAGAGAUAUACAAAGAAACCUUGUCUCAGAAAACCAUAAAUGAAUAAAUAGAUAGAUAAAUAAAUAAAUAGUUAUUCCACAUUUUCUUCUUAUAAGACUGCUUUUCAAAACAAUGACUGUGGUUUGAUUGUAUACUGACAGCAUACACAGCCACUGAAUUUACACGCGUGUUUUGUUAUACCCAUCACAGUCCCUAGCAAGGUCCUAGCUAGUCAUGUGUCCUGCUCUUUGGGGUAAGUGCUCAGGAUAGGCCUGAGAGUCGGCUGGUGCCAAUCUGUUCCUUUAAACAGUAGAGUGUUUUAUUCAUUAGUCACUGUCCACAAAUGGUCUGGUAUUCCACAUUACAUCAACAUCAUCUGUUUGGUGGUGUGCUUGUUUAAUGCCAGUGAAGGGAUUCCAGGGAUCCCAGGGCUAACAGUUUUCCUACCAAUAUUAGUAUUUUAUCUGUUGUAAUGUGGCUUGUGCCGAGACUGCAUUUGAGCAAGCUUGCAAAGACAGCAGAGGGGCUGCAAGGAUGAUCCAGUAAUACUCAGCAUCCAGCACUGGGUAAGACGGUUGACAUCCUUCUCUCCUCCAGUGGCCCGCAUCAUACCUGCUGGCUCUGUGGAAGCUGGCCAGCAGGGCAGACGUUUAGAGGUCAGGCCCUACUUAACCUCCCACUGUUGUGUGUCCUAUAACCAGAGUGUGACACACCUUCAGCAGUGGACUCACCACAGCCAUCUGGUUGUGGUGAGCGACAUACGGUGUUUUUGUUUUGUUUUGCUUUGUAUUUUAGACAACAUCUCACUCUUUAUCCAGGUUGGCCUGGAAUCUCUUCUGUAGGCCAGGCUGGCCUAGAACUUACUCUAUAGCCCAGACUAGCUUCAAACUCAUGGUGAUCACCUUCCCCGUGACUUCUCAAUGAUGAAAUCACAGGCGUGAGCCAUCACACGUAGUUGCAACCUUUAUUCUGUACCUAGUAGAACCCAACUGCUAGUGUCCUAAGAAUCUCGGGCCCUUUGUGGAUUCCUGUCUUGGGACAAAUCUUCACCCCAAAUGUCCUCCAGGUUGAUGACCUGGGAAACCCUUUAAAAUAUAGCUACUCCUGUUAGUGGUAACAACUCUUUCCACUGUACCAACCUCAGUGAGUCGUCUAGAAAUCUGUUGGUCUCCCAGUCUCACCACUUAAUACUCGGCCUGUGUUACACCAGAGGAGCUGUGGUGAUAGCUCGGUUAGAAAAGCACUUCUGGCUGCUCUUCCAGAGGACCCGAGUUCGAUUCCCAACACUCACAUCAGACAGCUCACUAGAGAUCUGUCACUCUCUUCUGGUCUCUGGAGACACCUGCACUGACAUGCACGUAUUCAAAUACAUAUCAUAAAAAGAAAAUGAAACCUUUGAGAAAAGAAGUGCUUGUCACACAAUACCCAAUACUCUCAUACAAAGCCUAGAGCUAUGGCAUGCAUUUGUAAUCCCAGUGCUGGAACACGGAGAGACAAGGCUCCCUGUGCCUUGCUGGCCAGGCCAGCCAUAUCGGCAAGCUCUGGGUUUAAUGGAGACCCUGUCUCAAAAAAAUAAGGUGUGAUCUGAUCAAGGGAGACAACUGUUGUCAAACUACAGUUCCCUAUGCUUGUUUAAACAUGUACCUGCAUACACAGGAGCUCAUAUGAGGAUACAUGUCCCAUACAAAUACACCACAUCCACAAGAGGAGUCUGUAUGUUAAAUAAAGCAUGGGCAUAUACUAGGGUGUAGAACUAGUAGUUCUCACCAGCUGAAAUACAGAACAGGCUUCAACAGGUCAUGGGAAUUGGGAAGAGGGUGUGCGGGCAGAAACUUAUAGUCAGGCAUGCGGAUUCAGAUUAGAUUUAGGAACCAGUGUUUACAUGUGAGCAAAUCAAGAGCUGGUGACGUGGCUGAGGAACAGAAUGCCACCUGCACUGUACCUUUGACGUAGAGUUCUUAGGAGGUAAGGGGUGAGGCUCAGAUGCAGACAGUUUGUAAGGCUAGUGUCACUAGGGCAUCGGCUGGGCUUUCACGUAGAGCCCAGCACUACCUCUGAAUCUUGCAGAGUUAUCAUUUUUAGUGCCUCAGAUUUUAGUGUCCAGGGCAAUGGUUACCAGCAUUACAGUGGGCCCUGUCAGCAGCGUGCAGCGUGUCUGUGGUAGAGUACUCGUCCAUGAACAGAAGAUAUUGAAAAGAGGGAAUGAAAGGACAAAGAGAGAGCUAAGCAGGUAAGGGCACUUUGUACAAGCUUGGUGACCCAAGUUGGAGUCCCAGAACACAUGUAAAGACAGAAGGCUACACACACACACACACACACACACACACACACUCUCUCUCUCUCUCUCUCUCUCUCCCUCCCUUCCUCUCUCUCUCUCUCUCUCUCUCUCUCUCUCUCUCUCUCUCUCUCUCUCUCUCUCUCAUAAUUUCUUCCUAGUGUUCUAAGACUGAAAACGAUGAAUACAACGAAAGAGAAAAGAGAAACAGGGUCUACACCCAGGAUUCUUCUGCAUGUGUGAGGAGGUGUGAGACGAAUUCCGUGGCAGUUGAACUGGUUGCCAAGAUGGAGAGGAGGAAGGAACAAGCCAUGACCUUUUACAGUCCCAAGGUCAACAAAAUAAAGGGGGACCUGAAAUACCAACAGCCUACCCUUCCUACCAACAAACAAUCGAUGUCAGCCCAGAAGCGACAGCAGUAUUUGAGUGAGGCUUACACCUACACCCGGAUGUUCUGUGCCAGCCUCUCUGGCUUUAGUCUCUUGCUACUGAUCUGCACGUCCCCAAUGCACUGGGUGCAGUUCCUGGUGACCAACAAUGGCCUUGAGCUCAACGCAGGACUCUGGACCUUGUGCAACCAUGAGCUGUGCUGGAGCCACAUACUCAAGCCACCCUAUUAUCUCCAGUAUUCCAGGGCCUUGUUCAUCAUCUCUGUCCUCUGUGAGCUUAUUGGUCUUGGCUUGUUCUUCAACUCUUGCCGCCCUACAGAAAGAAUAGUAUCCUCUGAGUUGGAUCUGAAGGUGUCCAUGCUCAGCUUCUGCUCAGCCAUCUGCUUGCUCCUCUGCCUCAACCUGUUUCUGGCCCAGGUUGAAUGGCACACGAAGAGUGCCAUGGAGUCUGAGCUCCUAUGGACCUAUUAUCUUAACUGGAGCAGUGAUUUCUUAUCUGUCUGUGCCGGGAUCAUCUCAUUUCUCAACUACAUAACUUUCCAAUCUCAUCCUCCUGAUGGGAGUGUCAGCGAAGAUCUACAACAGAAGUACAGGCUGGGCUUUGGGCCAGUACCAAUGACACUGCCUGCUACAGCUGAAAUGUCACCUUCCAAGAUGCCGUUUCUAAGUGGGAGACAGGAAAAACUACGGAAUGUGAAAAGGGGGAAACUAGCUACCACAAGACUGUGAUUAGAAGACAGAAGGCUAAACCCUGCUGUCUUAAAAAUAGAGAGGGUGAGGUCAGUGGGAAAUGAUUGUGAAGUUCGAUGAAACCUUCUGAUAUCAUGUCCGGAGUAGCUAAUGAAAUGUCAUUUGUGUGCACUGCAUCCAAAAUGUGUAAGACAAUUAUAGAGAAAGGAGAGGAGGGCUGGAGAAAUGGCUCGGCAAUUAGCAGUGCUAGCAACAUAGUCCUGGGAUUCAGAGUUGGAAUCCCAGCACCUACAGAACAAGUCUCAAAGACUAGGUGGAGAUGAGGGUAGGACAUCAGCAUUCUUUUCUGGAGUACGUUUGAGCACAUGCACAUAAAUAUGUCUUGAAAACAAAAGAGGAGCUAGUGAGAAUUCACCGAGAAAAUAUAUUUUAUUCUUGCAAAA